UUCUCAAACGAGUUUCCUGACCUCAAUGUAGUACAUUACCAGGGCCAGGAUCCCCGUGUCUUCAUUCUGACCACAAUUCCUGGGAUUACAGGUGUCCUAUUGGUGCUUGUUUUAUUCCUGAUGUUUACAGCGUCCUUGCACAGCAUACGGUUUGUUUGUGAGACCUGCUGACACACAGCAUGAACAGCAGACGCAUGACUUCCUGCCGGAGUUCUUGGAUGAAAUCCAUGCAGGCAACAUCAGACAGUAUCUUAGGAACGGAACAGAACCUACAACUGGCUGAACAGAUUCGGGAGGAGUGGCUAGAGUUUGGGCUUGACUCGGCUGAGCUUGUGUGGUAUGAUGUUCUGCUCUCGUAUCCGAACACGACCAGGCUGAACUACAUCUCUGUAGUGGACGAGCACGGGGACGAGGUCAUUAAGUCGUCGGUGGCUGAAUCAGUGCCUGAGGGUUAUGAGAAUGUGAGUGACAUCGUUCCUCCAUACAACGCUUUCUCUGCACAGGGACAGCCAGAGGGCGAGUUGGUGUACAUAAACUAUGGCAGGACAGAGGAUUUCUUCAAACUGCAGAGGGAGAUGGGCAUCAACUGCACGGGUAAAAUCGUCAUCGCCCGAUACGGCAAAAUCUUCAGAGGCAAUAAGGUAAAAAACGCCAUGCUAGCCGGCGCCAAAGGCAUCGUGUUGUACUCGGACCCAGCAGAUUACUGUGCCAAGAGCGUGAAGCCGUACCCUGAGGGAUGGAACCUGCCAGGACAGGGUGCUCAACGGGGCAACAUCCUGAAUCUGAACGGAGCCGGAGACCCUUUAACCCCUGGCUACCCUGCUAAAGAAUACACCUCCAGACUGAGUCCAGAUAAAGGGGUGGGACUUCCCAACAUUCCGGUCCAUCCUAUUGGCUACAGUGAUGCAGUUCUUCUGCUGAAGAAUAUGGGCGGAGCGUCUCCGCCCCCUCAUUGGAAAGGAGCUCUGAAUGUGUCGUAUCGUAUCGGACCUGGAUUCAUCGGUGACUUCGAACAGAAAAAAGUGCGCAUGAACGUGCACAGCUACAAUCAGGUGACCCGGAUCUACAAUGUGAUUGGGCGAAUCAGAGGAGCUCAGGAGCCAGAUCGAUAUGUUAUACUCGGUGGACAUCGUGACGCGUGGGUGUUUGGGGCAAUCGAUCCUGGGUCUGGAGCUGCAGCAACACACGAGACUGUCAGAGCAGCUGGGAAACUCCUGCAGAAAGGCUGGCGCCCCAGACGCACUUUGAUCUUUGCUAGUUGGGAUGCUGAAGAAUUCGGCCUGCUGGGAUCCACAGAGUGGGCGGAGGAAAAUGCUAAAAUUCUCCAGCAGAGAGCUGUAGCAUACAUCAACGCAGACUCUGCUAUUGAAGGUAUGUACACAUUGAGAAUAGACUGCACUCCGUCUCUACAUACACUGGCUUACAACAUCACCAAACAGGUGAUGAGUCCAGAGGAAGGGGAAGAGGGAAUGACUCUGUAUGACAGCUGGCACAAACGAGACAACUGGACCGAUAAUCGGGACGCGCCCCGGAUCAGUAAGCUCGGCUCAGGCAGUGAUUUUGAAGCGUACUUUAUCAGACUGGGAAUCGCAUCUGGGCGAGUGAGAUACACCAAGAACAGAAAGUUGGAGAAGUACAGCAAUUAUCCAGUCUACCACAGCGUGUAUGAGACAUUCGAGCUGGUUGAGCGUUUCUAUGACCCCAAAUUUCGCCGCAUGGAGGCAGUGGCACGUGUGCGAGGGGGCGUGGCUUUCCGCUUAGCUGACGCCCUUAUGCUGCCUCUGGACUGUAAUGAGUACGCGCUUGCUCUCUCUCAGUACGCACACGCCAUCCACCGGAUCGCACAGAAACACAUGCUGGAGAUGGAGCGCUACGCCGUGACGUUCAAUGCUCUGUUCUCAGCAGUGGACAAUUUCACACACGCAGCGCAGGAGUUUCAGCAGCGCCUGAACACACUCGACACAACCAAUUCUCUCUCAGUUCGGAUGGUGAAUGAUCAGCUGAUGUAUCUUGAGCGGGCCUUUAUUGAUCCUCUCGGCCUCCCUGGUCGACCUUUUUACAGGCACGUGGUGUUCGCUCCCAACAGCCAUAAUAAGUACGCAGGCCAGUCGUUCCCUGGGAUUUACGACGCUCUGUUUGAUAUUGACAAAGCUGCUGAGCCUGAGAGAGCCUGGAGCGAGGUGAAGAGACAGAUCAGCAUUGCUGCUUUCACCGUCAACGCCGCUGCCGAUACGCUCCGCCCCGUCACCUGACCACAAGAUAAUCUUCACUUACAUUCAGUCUGCUUGUGAUUUUUCACCAAAAUUUUAAUCCUUGCCAAUCCCCAGUCACAACUGUUGCAACAUGACAGGACUUAGAGGAGACGCUAACUACCCUCUUCUACAUACAUAAGGGAAAAAACCACCACAUCAGUAAUAUAGUAUAGAAAAUAUGCAAUAAUUUUAUGUACACUCACCGGCCACUUUAAUAGGAACCUGUUCUUGGCUGCAGGACUGGAACCCAAUGUGUUCUUCUGUCUCCUGUUGGAUGCUGAGAUGCUUUUCUGCUCACCACGGUUGUAAAGAGUGAUUAUAUGAGUUCCUAUAUCCUUCCUGGCAAAAAAGCUCGGAUCAAUCUGUCCAUUUUCCUCUGACCUCUCUUAUCAACAAGGCGUUUGUUUCCACACAGAACUGUCGCUCACUCACUCGCUCGAUGUUUGUUUUGUUUUUCGCACCAUUCUGUGUAAACUCUAGAGACUGUUGUGCAUGCAAACUCCAGGAGAUCGGCAGUUUCUGAAAUACUCAAACCAACACCCAUGCCACAGUGACAGAAAGUCACACUUCUUGAUUUGAGAUCACAGUUUUUCCCAUUCUGAUGUUUGAACAUUGUGAGCAUUAAAGGAGAACUGAAGGCAAAUUUUUUUAUUCUCAAAAUUCAAUUUCUCAUUUUAUUAAAUAUCGGAAUGCAUUUCUGAUCGCUAUAUUGUCGCUGCUAUAGCAAGUUAUGAGUGUUUGAAAUAUAGUGUGUAAUAUAUCAGCCCGUAUGUCAAAGCAAUGGCCGUAAACAAGAUUCGUUGAGACCUGUGCGAGACAUCGUAGGACGGAAGUAAAACGUACAGCGGAAAUCAAAGCGACCAACAUCUGCCAACGGUGUCAAAAGACAAGCGCGCCCUCUUUCGAAUGCUGACAUAAUCAAGCUGGAAGUUGUGUUUGUUUUGAUAGCAAUCAGGAAAGUUUGAAAAAAGUAGGCAGCAAUCGUCAUUUAAACUCAUUUUUGUGUAAUAUUUCAUUUGGAAAACAGUUUUCGGCGGCACGGUGGUGUAGUGGUUAGCGCUGUCGCCUCACAGCAAGAAGGUCCAGGUUCGAGCCCCGGGGCCGGCGAGGGCCUUUCUGUGCGGAGUUUGCAUGUUCUCCCCGUGUCCGCGUGGGUUUCCUCCGGGUGCUCCGGUUUCC